AUGCUACUUCCAUUGUUCACUCAACUGGAUUUCCCUCAGGAUGGAGCUAAAGAUGCCAGUGAUAUUCCUGAGGUAGCAAUAUGGUAAGCAAGCUUAAAAUACAAAAAAAAUUCUCUCUGUCUGGGAUCCUUUGGGCCGGUUGUUAAGACCGAGUUUAAGGUACGGUAGAAGGGAAAGGAUUUAGCUUCUUGACCCUUUAAAUUCUAAUAUCAAAGUAGUAGAUGAGAGAAGAUGUUAAAAAAUCAAUAAAAUUCAUCUUGCGUGAUCAUGCCCUUAAUUCUCAUUACCACUCUGCUGAAUAAAGCGCUAAAAUUACAGGGAGAAGUUGGAUGCUGAUCACUCUUAGGGCUUCCAGGGUUUAAAUACAAUCCCCUUACAUACAGAUUUCGAGGUGCAGUCAUUUCCUUAACCUCCGUUUUAGUUAUAGACGCCGUAAAUAACCCACCCUUUGUGUUGCGCGUAAGACGCACAUCCUCGAGGUCAUGUGACUUAUGAGUUUACUAUACACCCACCCUACCAAGGGGGACAGAAAAAAAAUCAGGUAGGGUAGCUAAGGAUUGUGCGGGGUAAUUGAGUUUUUUCAUAGAUUACCGCGGUUCGUCAAAACAAUACCUAGAAUUUGUCGACAGGUUGCUCCAAAAAUGUAGAUGAAACUGUUUUGCUUACAUUGUUUAUUUUCUUCAGUACUGUUCUUCUUUCACUUCUAUCCGAUCUUUUGCGGAGUUCAUGCACCAGUCAGCAGCAGAUGAUCCAAUGCCAAGGAUUUCUUGUCAUCAGUCAUGUUUUAGAGAAGGUACCAUAAAGUAAAUAAUAUACAGUGGAAGCUCUGGUAAGAGGGCACCCUCGGGACGAGAAAAAGGUGCCCGUAACUGGAGCAGGCCGCUUACGAGACUGGUUCUUGUAUGCGGCCACUAGAGGUGUAACACUGAGUAAGGGUUAGAUGGCCACUUACGGGAGCUUGUCAAUCUACAAAUAAAGACUGGGAAUGCAAAAAAACCUGUUUGUUAUUGUUUGCCUUUACUGUUGCUCUGACGACGUUGUAAUGCAGGCGCAAGCAUAAAAUUCAAGUGGUUUAAUGAAGUGUAACCGGACGUCUAUUGUAAAAAAAAAAAACAACAACAACAACAACCAACUCUGUUUUAUUGGCGAAUGAGAUUUCAUUUCGGGUAUGGGUUUACGAGAGCUUAAGACGGAAUCCAUCAGGAAAUUGAGUAAUUUUAAUUUUCAGUGGACAAAAACCUUGUGCCGGAAUAAUUUAACCAAUAUCGCGUUCUUUUUUACAUUUUUCAAGGGCUAAAGAUGUAAUUGUUUAUCUGUAAUAACACCAAAGAAAAUUUCUUAUGGGAGUCCAAGAAAAUAAAUCUGAAAUUUCACAAAUGACAUCUUACUCGUGAAAUUUUCAGAAUUUUACCUGUGUUUUCACAAUUCUUAUGAAAUUUGACAUUGAUUUUCUCGAGUUUUUUGGUUCAAAUAAAAACCGGCUCGAUAUUAAAUAUUUCGGAAACGAAUCGAUGAUUUCCUAGUAUUUCAUUGGGAAAACAAGUGGUUAUAAGUUGUACUGAUUUACAUAUUUUUGAUGUUGUAGGCUGUCUCCACGCAUCUCACAGAAGACGCUUUAAAUAUUCUGCUCUCUCUUGCAAGGCAUGUGAUUCCUUUUCAUCAUCAACUUUACUCUUGUGACAUCCCUCUGUUACUUUGUUGUUAACCCUUUCAGCCCCAAUAUCCAAAUACAAAUUCUCCGGACUUAUCUUCAUAAAUUUACCGCCGCCUAGUUAGCUCAGUUGGGAUAGUGCCGGUCUGCUGAGCGGGAAGUCGCGGGUUGAAACCCCAGCCGGACCAACACUCAGGGUCUUUAAAUAACUGAGAAGAAAGUGCUACCUUUGCAAUCUGCAAACGGUUAGACUUUCUAGUCUUCUUGGAUAAGGACGAAAAACCGUAGGUCCCGUCGCACAGCACUUUCACAUAUCUGGUUCUUGUGGGACGUAAAAGAACCCACACCACUGUUCGAAAAGAGUAGGGGACGUAGACCCCGGGGGUGUGGUCAACCUCUCCUUGGCUGGGUGGGUUAUCUGUAAGGACACACUUAAAUUGGAGCCCCACUCUGUUGUGUGUUCUGCAUCAUAUAGUGGAAGUGAUUAAAUAAAUAAAUAAACAAUUUUAUUAAGGAUCAAGGCAUUUUUCCUUUGAUAAUCAUUUUGUUCAUCAUCUUAACCUUUUCAUUUUUGAUAUACAGAUAUUGUUAGGAGAAAGUUGAUGUUUGUCAUUCUUGGGACUAAAAGCAGCUGUUAAAGGCUUAAUGCACCUUCUUUUUUGCCUCAAAAUUGAUACUUUCUUUUUAUUUGCAGAUAUCUUUUAAGUUCGACUGGAUCUGGAGCCUUAUUAGGAAGUCUCUUUGAUCAUAUUCUGUUCAAUCCAAACUUAUGGGUGAAAGCGUCUCCUAAGGUAUUUCUAAGCAUAUUUCUUUAAGUCCAUUCCAUUUUCUUUCAAUCCGCGUCAUUAUUUACAUAAGAGAACUUUGCCCUUCUAGCGUUCACUUUGCACCUGCCCCGCACAAUUUUCUGUACGCUGCUUCACGGGGGGUGAACAUGAGUAUUUCAAAACUCUUGACUCAAACUUAAAAACGUGCUGGCUGAUCAAAAGAUGGAUAGCGCUAUCCACCAGAUAAAUCACUAUCCAGCGAACAAGUAAGUUUUGUAAAAUUUCGGAAUCCUUUAAAAUACUGAACUAAUCUUGAAGUUCCAAAAAAAAAAAUUAUAAAAAGAUAAGUAUUCGAGGAACCAAUUGUGUUAUCGACUGGAUAGAAAUUUAUACAGUGGAUAACGUUAUCAACCUUUCGAACAACUGGGGUCUGACAGUUAAACCAAGAAAGAAUCCGCCUACCCAACAGGCGCCCCUAGCUGCCCCUUCUAACCUCAUCAAAUAAAGUAGGUAUGUAUGUGCCCCCGAAUUCCCUCGGCAGCGUCGGUAUUUUUUCGGUAUUAAUUGUGGCGAGAACUUUGUCUUAUUAUUGUUCAAUCCAUCACCACCCUUUAGCAAUGGAAGCCACUUAAGUUCUGAUCUUUCUUUCCAUACAGGUCCAGCUUCAGUUGUUUAGUGUGUUUGCCACAGACCUGGCAACAGGCACAGGAUGUGCAGCUCAUCUGCGCCGCGAUGUUGGGGUCAGCAGACUCAUGUACAUGUUAAAGACGUUUUAUCGGCUUUCCAGUGACAAUGAAUUUGAAAAAGGUAAACGAACAUAAAGAUUACUUUUUUGUAGACAUGUGGUAGUUCUUUAGUCUCCUUCGCAACCGUUUUUAGGCUCGUCACGCAACGGCUGGGAAGGAGACUAGUAGUUCUUUCCCCUGUUUUGUUUCCGACGAUAAUGGAAACAAGCCUACAUUCUUGACCAAGGGAGAUUCGAAGGCACACCACGUGAUACGACUUAAUUCAAAAUGGCCGCGCUAGAAAACUUCAAAACAACAUGGGCGGUAUGCAUGCCCAAUUAAUUUGGGAAUUUUCUUCCACUUGUUAAAAAUGUAUCCAAAUUUCUACUUUUUUCGUCCAACAUUGCAACAAUUUGUCAUAACGAUAGACGUUCUGAGUUUAAGUGAAGAGACCAUCCUAACGCUUGUAAUAACAAAUUAGUAACAUGUAAAGUAUUUAUAAACGGGAUGUUAUUCCAUUAUUUUUGCGUCAUUAGUACCACUAUCUUCCAAUUUAUCCGCGUCUGCAUCAUCGUUUCAUCUGCCCUGCCUUACUUUAUUAUUAUUGUUUACUGUACAGAAAACACAGCUCCAACAAAUGAAGAAAUCCUUUCUCUGAGAGCAUUUUUGCUGCUCUUGGUGAAACAGCUAGUACUAAAGGUAAGUUCGUAACUAACACCAGUCAUUAUUCAUUCAAAAUAUUUCUCCGCUUGUGAUUGGCUCAAAUCCCACGGCUAAUUCUACAUAACCUGCCAGCGUUGUUGCAAUAUCGGGAAAAUGACGUCAGUAGUACAGGGUAAUAGCCAGAAAAAAAGACGGCAACCGACAAGGCCUGGGGACGAGGUUGCGUUGUUUUGGUAGAGCAAGACAAAAUGGCGCAACGUUUCACUCGUUUCGCGAAGAAGAAAUAGGCAAACUACUGUCUAAAAACAAAGCAAGAAUGCAACUGGACCACGAUUUCUUGCACUGGCUUGUUUUCCCAUCGCAUUGCUUUUAUUCCAUCAGUCUUUAAGCGCAUGCAAAGAUUCGGGUAUCGUGGAUAAGGUCUAUUGCUGUCAUUGCUGUCAUAUUUUCCUUACAUUCCUAAAAAUAUUUCUUUUUUCCUAAAACGCGUUCUUUGAGUUGCGAUGUCUUCUCAUUUAACCCUUUCGUGGCUAGAUCUUCGCAUAGAUUAGCCUGGGUAGCAGAUGGGUUUUUGGAGUGUUUUACGCUUUUUAUUAGUAAAGUAAAAAGAAUUUCUCUGCCUUUCCUCCGCCCCCUCCCUCACCGUUUUCUCGUGCGGCUUUGUCUCUUACUUUACAGACCACAAACGAAAAUCUCACCAAAAAAACGCCUUCUGCGCUGGCUAAGGGAAGAGCGAAAUCAUAAAUUAUGCAAUUUUAGCUUUUUUAAAAGAAAAGAGAACGGCAAAGUUCGUAAAAUUUCUAAACGAUCUCUUUCCUUGAGAAUAGGAUCACGUGCUGACUCGUUGAAAUCAUGCUAUUUUUUCUUGUUCUCAGGACAAAGGCAUCACAGAAGAAGAAUUUCAAAGCGUUCUAUCCUACCUUAUGAUAACAAACGAGGUAUCAGUAUUUUAGCUUAUUUUUAGACUGGUCAUUUUCUUCCUUAUCUUUUGUGGUUGUUUGGUGUUUUAAUGUCCAAGUUUCGUGCUACAAAUUAGUAGGCUGGUCAUUUCACCGAGUCGCUCCCUCCAUUCCCAUGUGUACAUGUGGGCACUGGUGACAUACUAGCAUCCUCUUAGUAUUUCUAGAUGCUUUAUUAUUCAAAAACCACGAUAGGCUCCACCUCUGUGGUUCCAUGCAUGCGACAUAAGGGCCUCUAUUCAAGGAAAUCAAGAUGCAAGGAACUUCUCGUAUAAAUGUUGUUCCGGGUAGAAGGGUCAUUCGCCUAACCGAUCCACUCUGAGCGAGCCAACUUUUCCUACAUUUCCUUUCUAAACCUUGCGAAGCGUUUACAUGAGAAACAAAAAGUUGGCUCGGCUAGAAGAAGGCGGAUCAGCCUUUUUCGAUGGUAGGGUCACCCUCCCAGCCGGGACAACGUUUCUCAAUAUGAACACUUUCGCUCACUCAGCCUGGUCAGCUCGGUCAAGAGAAGACAAUUAGGGCAUGCCCGAGAGCUGUUGGCUUGGGCUAAGGGGUCAAAAUUUUUCCCAUAUUAACUCUCGUUAAAGUUGACUCGGCCGGGAGACUCUCCCCCAAGACGACUUAUCUCUUUAUAAACGGGACCUUAGAUACGACGCAACGAAGGGCCGCCAUUACGUGCUCUUAUAAAAUAAGGUACAGUCCAUGUGUUAUUUGAGCGCUUCUUAAGAAUGACGCGUCUUCUGUUUCCCUGUAUAAAUGGCCCUAAUUGUGUGUGCCCCUAUGUUUACUCUACAUUUUAGUGAUCUUAGUAGCAAUGUGAAAGAUUUGAACCCAAGAGUCACUUCAUGACUAGGUUGUAUUACGCCAGUAGAUGGUAUUUUAAAACUCUGAUUAUUGACCUGAUUGGUCAGUUAAGUCGCAAUGUUAUUGGUCGUCUGUCAGUUAAGCUGUGAUGUGAUUGGCUAUGAAGACUCGUGUCACAGUUAAAACGCAGUCGUUUAUUGUUAUAGUCAAAUUGUUAGUUGUUCAGUCGUUCUCUCGUAGUUAGUUUUGCUUGAUUUUGUCAAUAAGUCGUUUGUACGGUGCCGUUAACUGUAAUGUCAUAAGCAAAAUUGGUUUUUCCUCAGGAGGAGAAUCUUCUAGAUGUUCUUCAACUGGUGCUAUCAAUAAUGACCGAGCAGCCAGAUAUUUGUAUCGCUGUCUUUGAUAAAGUUGAUGGUCUAAGGUAAGCUAAGCAGGUACUGUACUCUCAGUAGGCAGCGUAGCCGAGUGGUCAGUACGUCGGGCAUAUACCUUUCCGAGUUAGUCGUCAUUUUUCUGCAUAUACUUCACCUCAGUGUGUACUAUUUGACCCUUUAAUUUUCACUCGUUUUAGUUUUCUGAGCUAUUUGUUUUAUUUGCGUUCGACAGAGUUCUAUUUCGUUUCCUGGACAUGAAAUCCGAAGCGGUUAGAGUUUAUGCUUUGAAGAUUGUUGGCUGUUUUCUUCAGUACUGUCCAGCCAAGUAAGUGAAUUAAUAAACUACCUUACGCUCCUCAAUUUAACCGUGGAAAUAUCGAUUUAAAUAAAGACAUGAUCGUCGUAGUGGUAAUUACAAUUCAAGCAAUUGCAAAUAAACCCGAAAAACAAUUUUGGGACUUCAAAGUUAUUCGAACCCAUGACCUCUGCGUUAGCGGAUCAGUGCUCUACACAACUGAGCUAUGAAGAUUCAUACAUUGGAAGCAGGCCAAUUUGUUGAGUUCAUCUUAAUCCGUGAAAGGAUUGAAACAAGAAUAUGAUGUGAACUGCGGAAAUACAAAAUUAAAUAAACAAAGGGAAAAUGCCUUGAUCAUUAAAUUCAAAUUUCAUUUUAAUAUGUAUUUCGACAGUUCACAUCAUCUUCAUAUUUCUUGGAAAUAUUGUUAUCGAAUAAGGUUACUUUUGUAUACUGAGUUUCCAUUUCAGUGGUAAAACCAACUGCAAUUUGCUCAGGCGUUUACGUGCAUGUCGUUCCGUUUGCACGUAUUAUUUUCUUCGAGUUGUGAUUAGUUCUUUUCAAUUCACAAUCAGGAGAAAAGGGUAUAUGAUCAUAGUAGAACUGUAUGAGGAUCAGACCUUUUUACGGCAUGAAGAAGAAAAGCUUUAGUGUGCUUUUACCACCAGCAUCAUGUUGUGUUGCUUGUUUUAAUGAUUUGCAAAAUAAACGGGCAUUUUUUUUCAGUUCUGAUGCAUACUUUUUUCCCCAUAGGAGAAAGCAGGACUUGUUGGAACACUACAGUUUGUUUUCUUUGAUCGGCGAUAAGCUGAUAAACCACUCUCUAACACUUACAACCUACAAUGUGCUGUUUGAGGUACGUGUUGCUGCGUAUAAUGUGUUAGAUAUCAACCUAUCUUUUUAGUGGUCUGAUAAUUUGUUCUGUUUACCAUAUGUUUAGAUCUUGGUCGGACGAGUGUCCAAACAAAUAGUCAGCGGGCACCACCCACAGCCAGAUAACACCUUCAUUUUGCAAAAUACAAGUAAGUCACAGAAGUUACAUAGCGAUAGGUAGUUACUCAUACGUUCAUUUUGCAGUCAGUUCUGUUUUCUAUACCCAAUAGACACUUCUGUAAAUGAUAAUGACAUUUAAGUAACAAAGUCAAGUAUUGUUUGGUGACACAGAAAGUCGUCCUUAUGGCAAGAACAAAACUGCGGACCAUUUUAGUUCAGACAGUCUGCCAGUGAGAGUAUGUCGGUAGUUUCAGUAUGCGUGAUCAAAUGGUGACAAGUGAAAUUAGGGAAUAAUUUCACUUGUGCUUUGUCCAAAUUCUAAUAAUUUCCGAGCCUUGGACAAAACGCAAGUGAAAUUAUUCACUAAUUUCACGAGUGUACCAUUUGAUUACCUAUAACAUGUAAUAUGGGUGACAAAUUGCGUUCACAAUCUUGGGUUUUUGACAUAUUUAUCGUAUCGAUCGAGAACUCCACGCACUGAAAACUUUAGCGCUUAAAUUUUGGAUUAAGUUCCUGAUUUUCAGAAUUUUGCGACAAAAUACCUGAUAGAAUCCUUCUUGAUACUCUGAUUCGUGUGUUUAGGUUUUCUAAAUCGUCUUAAAACCUUGACGCCAUCUUGGCACUGAAACGUACAGAACUUUGUAAUUUUCAUGUAUAAAUUAUCAAUUAACACUGAUAAAUUUUGCGUCAAAAUUAAGGAAUAAUUUGUCACCCAUGAUAUUACGAUUAAAAUAUCUUCAGGACCCUUUUCUUCCUCUUGUAAUAAGUAAAAAAACGUUGUGUGUGAACCGGUUUGGGAUAAGCGUGACAAAAGUCUCAGGUCUGGGAAAGAACCUGUGUUCUGUUCGAGUUUGGGGUGCGUUUAACUCUCAUUGUAAAACGUUACCAACCGAAGCGGGUGUGGAUGGUAAUUCAAAUGUUGCUGUUUUGAAAACAGGUUUCCACUUUCCUAUAUUUUUUACAACUUAUAGUUAUUGGACGAAGGAAGAGACUUAAAUUCGCUUGUGCGUUGGGUUGUUGUAAAGCAAAUAACAUCGAAUGACUCUUUUUAUGCUAAAAGUUGUCUUUUUUGUUUCUUUUUCUCUCUCCAGCUAUGGCUCCAGUCAUAGCCAAAAUGCUUCGCAAAAACGAAGGAAAACAUUGCAACGCUGUAGUGAAACUAACUCGGCAGGGAAGCUUCAGAGAACAGCGCACACCGGACGAGGAGAAGGUCGACCUCAAAAGAAAAUUCUUGUCUGAUCUUGUAUUACUUCUUAACCACAGCAAAAUAAAUAGAAGGUAAAGUAGUAGACACACAACACUUUUAAUGAGGGCACCCGUAAGGGUAGUGUUAGUGGGCUUUAUCUUUUAAAUAUCUUUCUAAAUGAUUUAGAGAUCACACAGGAUGAUUGUAAUUUUUUACAUAAAUAUGCGGAUGAUUCAGGUAUAGUUGCCUCAGUUUUGAGAGGUAAAGACUGGUCCUUAGUUUUUGUGGCCAGGUUUAUGGAGUGGUCUCGGGAUCAAUUGUAUGACUUGCAACCCAGUGAAGUGUAAAGAACUCACCUUUCUUGAGAAGGGUUAAAACGCAGAUGCUGUCUAUCCGUCUACUGCAGAUAUACCACAAUAAAUUGCAAAUCCUCGGAGUACAACAAUGUUAAAAAUUGCUAAUCCUCGGAGUGUACUUUCAGGAAGACUCACGGUUUGCGGUUUGUUGACCAUGUUAAAGAGAAGCUUACUAAGGCUAACAAGGGACUUUAUGUUUUAAGAUCUUUACGCAAAGAAGGGUACAGUCAGUUCGAAAUAGACAACCUAUUUAAAUCUAUAGUGUUGCCAGACUUAGUUUAUGGUCUGUCGGAAUAUGGAGCCUCUGAGGCUAAUUUUUCAACUGUGGAAUGUUUCAUAGAUAGAAUGAUGCUUCAAACGUAAUAAUAUUCUCACAAUGUAAACAUCUGCGAGCUGUGAGAAAAACAAGGCGGAAGAAUUUACAGCAAGUUGUCUAAGUCGGAAGGCCAUUCUCUCUAUCAUAUGCUUCCCAAGGCAAAGGAGACUGAGUACCAGCUGCGUCGUAGUUCUGUUCGUAGGCCGCAAAAUAACACAAAGAGGUUUAUGACCACUUUCAUAAUCGUUUAAUAUUUGAUUAUAAGUUAGCUAUUUAGAUUUUUUAGAUUUUUUUUAACGUUUUUACCAUGUCAACUUACCAUUGUUACGAUGUUUUCUUUUUAUUAUAAUAUUCUUUAAAAAUCUACAAUUUCUUGGCUAUUUAUAUUUUUUAAUUCUUUUAUUAUGUCAUUAUAUGUACAUUAUAUCUUUGUAAGAUUUGGCUCUUUUAUGAAUCUUUUUUGUAACAUAGAAUAUGUGUUUUUAUUCUAUGAAAUGAAGACCUAUUAUUAUUAUCAUUAUCAUUAUUAUUAUUAUUAUUAUUAUUAUUGUUAUUAUUAUUAUUAUUAUUAUUUUACACGAACUUUGUUUUCCUUCUCCUUCUUCGUGGCCAUUGGGGGUGCGGGUUUGGGAACAGGGGCGGGGCGUAGAGGGCUGUUUAAAAGCAAAGACAUAGGGUGAAGUAGAAGUGUAACUGGAAGCAUCACUGACGCCAAUUUUUCUUCUUCGCACAGUCUUAUUCUCCAAUUGUCGUGUUGGCAAGAAUGGCUUUUCACUUUGGCUCACUUGGAACCUUCGAACCCAGGUAAAGAAAUUAAGUUAAGAAGACUUACUUAACCGCGCGCGAGGUUUAAGAAAUUGCUCAGAGGACCUUCAGACAAGUGGGUUAUUUCAAGAAGAUAGAUAGUUUUUUAUGCUAUGUGCUCUGGUGAAAUUGUUCCUCGUUAAAAAGUGUUUGGAUAAAAUAGCGUUGAGGAAACUGAAAAUGGAUUAGAACGCGGUUUUGUUGAACACUAGCUAAACUCCAUUUUAAUUAAGAGGCCCAUUGUUUUCAUCGCACUUUUGUUUAGACUUGCCAUCUGAAAGUGUCGAGUUGAACCUUUUCCAGCCUUUUAACCAUCGGUUAUGAUCCACCUAAUUCGUUUUCCAUCUUGGGUCGCCUUUCCAAACGUGGCUACGUGAGCUUCGUUCAGUAUAGGCCAUAACUGUCCUUUCUUGUGAUGUUGUGUCUUUUUUAAAAGGAUUUAAUUCCCGCAUUUUGAAAGGAAAAGACACUUAUUGACCUUUCUUGUGGCUGUAUUUCAGAGGAAACCCGAACCACCGACACUGUGUUCUGUUUGUUUCGGAUGCUGCUUCAUCACGCCUUUCAAGAAGAGCGUGAAGGCUGGAGAAUCUGGGUGGAUACGCUAGCUAUUCUGCAUGGCAAGGUACUGUACUGAUGUCGGGUCAAUUUAGGUUUCUGGGAAUCUGCCCACCUACCCCUUCCUUAAGCUAACAUUAACACUUAAUUCUCACUUUGGCCAAAAUGAUGUCUUAGGGGAGUGGUAAGUGGGCAGUUUCCCAGAAACCUUAAUUGAUCCAAGUAGUCUUCAUCAAAAAGGCCUUCAGUGCCACUAGGCACGAACAGGAUACCUUUUUAUGGGAAAUAAACGUUACAGAAAUUAACGCGACUAAAAUUAAGGUUCAUGAAGCGUUAAUUUCCUAUAAUAAGGCAGGUGAGCUGAGGUGGUCUUUAUCAAAACUUGGAAAAAAAAAAACAAUCGUGGAUUGCUCUAUUGCCGGUUUUGGUUAUUUGUUUACAGGUGACAUCAUUUGAAAGAGGAAAAGGAAAGACCACUCCCAAACGCGCAGCGCCAACGUCCCCUGCUAACGUAAACAGCCAAGGUAAACGCGUGGAUGAAGCUGUUAAGUCUGCUACAGACGUGAAAUCUCCCGCGUCUAACUCCACAGACAGUGAUAAUGACAGGAGAAAAUUUUUUCAAUCGUUACUGCAAAGCAAAAAUGGACCCAAAGUUGAUGCUCUUCCUAAGACUAUCCCUGAGGAGAUCGAAAGUGGUCCUAACUCCCUUGCAAAAGCGCAAGGAGAGACUACUGCUAAGACCCUCCCUGAACAGAACGAAAGUGGCCCUGGGUCCUCUGAACAGGGCCAAACAGAAACUACUGAAAGGACUCUUCCUGUGGAUAGUGAAAAUGGCCCUAACUCCACUGAACAGGAGCAAGAAAAAUCUACUGGAGGGGAUACAAAGGACGAAGCACACACGAUGGAUGCACAGGACGUAAAUAAUAGUGAAUGUAAUGAAAAGGAUAGGUCCCCUAGCGUGGAGGACUCUCUCAGUUCUACAGGUUUAGGCUCUGAUUUAAGAGAAGCUGAGGAGCCAACGGGCCAUGAGGAACCUAAUGAAGGGGUUAGAGAUACUACGGAUGUUAGAGAAUGUGGAGAGAAAAAUUCGAAUGACAUCGUUCGUUCUAAAUACUUUGCUAAUCAAAGUAUUCACAACGAAAAAACCGCUGCAGAUGCAGCUGAAGAUGUAUCGAGCUUGACUUCAGUUGAAGAUAAGUUAAGUGAUGACAAACAAUCUGAUGCAAAAUCUGACGGAGCUGAGAAACCGAUCGUUGGAGAUACCGAGACUUUACCCAAGGCUGAUGAAAGCGCCAACGAACCACAAGUAAGCGAAAGAAAACAUGAAGACAAUGAUGAUAAGGAAAGUCUUCAAGACUCUGGGAAUCAGACAGAAGUUAGUACUUCGCCGCCUGAAACAGCGACUCAGAAAAACACAAAUUCAAGCGAAGGUCAAAAUUUAUUUUACGAGAAAGAUAAAGCGAAAGAUGUUGAUAAUAGUCUUACUAUUGCAGUAAAGAGUUCCUAUAUUGGGACUGCAAGCGAAGUGCGCGAGGAUGCGCAAUCAGAAAAGGAUGUUAAAGAGGAUAGUGACUCUCAAAAGAAACUUGUUACGUCAGAUGUCGCUCCAAGCGAAGAGCAAAUCGUCUCUCAAUCAACGGAAAAUAGUAUUCAGAAACCGACUGUCGAGUCGUUAAAUAACGAUAAUACAAGCCAAGCGAGUUCACCUAACACACAUUCGGAGACUGGGACUGAGUCCAGUCCAACCUCUACUCCUUCUGCCACGUCCGCAGCCACAAGUAACGCAGGCUCACCUGAGCAGAAACCAACUUACAGAGCACAUGUAAAUAUUCCUGAAUACUUAUGGUCGCCUAUUCACCAGAGACUGUUAGGGGAUUUGUUGUUUGCUAUCGAGGCUGAUGUCCAAGUUUGGAGAAGGUAAGUUUUAGUGGCGAAAGCGGUACCCAACUACCCGAAUUUUAGAAAAGGAAUCUUAAGUUACAUUUGAUGAGGAAUCUUAACGUGAUUAGGAAUGAAAUUACAACUAAAUGCUCGGGGAUUAUCUUAAUUUAUGUAGAAUAAAUUAUGGUAUAGGGAAAACUAAGUAGCAGUAAUUACUUCAUGAGACCAAAAGUUCGUGUGACCGUCGCGUUUUGUCAGCAUUUUGCAUUUCUUCUCUUUGUCUUUAAAAAUAUUCCAGGUUUUCAAGAUUCCUUUUGAUGUUGAAGCCCCUUUUGAAUAACUGACUACCGCUGUAGAAGAAUGAGAGAGAAGGAGCCAUUCGCCAUUUGCACACCUCCCAUGAUACACCUUACUUCCCCCCGCCCCCACCCCCCCAAAAAAGAAAAACAUUUUGGAUAAUUAGUGUCUUCAGUUUCUCUUGGAAUGGCUGAAAUACCCAUGGGAAAUAAAAUACAAAGGUUAUUUUAGGGGCGGGAAGGGGGGUGGGGGUGGACAAACAAGGUGUAUUUUUGGAGAUGUGCAAGUGGCGAAUUGUUUUUAUUGCAAAAACACAAAUACAGGUUUAAAAUGAAACGGUUUUUAAGUUCUUGAUGAGUACAUGCCAAUAAUGAAAGUAGACAAUCGUUUUGUCACUCAUUUAUGGUAAACGAGGAAGCUACUGGGCUACUAGUAUUUGUGUUAUCCAUAUUUUUCCUAUUCUUCUUGUGUAUUUAAUGUGCUCGUUUUGAAUGUCCAAGAAAUAACUUUGUGACCUUGUUUUUAGCCACAAUCGUAAAACUGUAAUGGAUUUUGUCAACGCCAAAGAAAAUGGGACAUAUCUGUGGAACCUGGCUCAUUUUGUUUCGGUGCUGGCAGAUAACGUCAUUUUUUGCUGCGGGGAUCUUCUCCCUCUGCUCUCCUCCGUCACAUCACGUGAUUAUGGCCAAGACGUCAUCGAGCCGUGCGGUGGCAUGUCACUGGAAACGAGUUUCUCUUUCCUCAAUCGGGUUAUGUCUCUUGUGGAUGUGAUAGUGUUCACUAGUUCCCUCGCCUUUAGCGGAGUGGAGACUAAUAGGAACUUGAGCACGGGUGGAUUCUUGAGACAGUGUUUAAGAUUAGGUAAGUGAAAGUAAAUCGUGAAUAGGCCAUGGAACAAUUCAGGUUUCUGGGAAACUGCCCCCGCCUACCCCUCCCCUAAGCCAACAUUUUGCCCUAAGUGAGCAGUAAGUGUUAAUGUUGCCUUAAGGAUGGGGUAGGUGGGCAGUUUCCCAGAAAACCUAAAUUGAUCUUAGGCCAUUUCCGGCCGUUUCCCAGUUACGUAAACUCUCACUAUCAAAACGAGGCUAAGUUCAAAACCUUUCUUGGGAAAAUGAAUUUUAUUUGCAUGAGAAUACAAAAUAUUUUUCAUAUCAAAACUUCGCACUUAGCUUCGCUUUGACACAGAGCUUUGGGGUAACUCGAAAAUGGCCUAUUAGGCUGACUGAACCUUUAGGCAGUCUAGGCGGGCCGUUAGAGACACAGAGAGAUAUAUGGAGGCAGCCAUUUAUUCAUUGCAAAGUCACUGUAAAUUUUAAACGUUAUAACCUCCUGUCUUGCUACUAUCUUUAGAUAGCUUACCUCUAAUUUUGCUUGUCGGAAGGCCGAUUGUUUUGUUAUUCCAGAGUAUGCCUUCUUAAGCCUUUAUUAAUUAUAGCCAUAUUAUGUUACUCUUAUGUUUGUUUGUCUAUGCAGUGUUCUGUUGUGCGGCUCGUAACCGCUUAGUCUGUCGGCAGCGUAACAGACCCAUUCUACCACUAAUCACUAGCGGGAAACUUGGAAAGAAGGCGCUCAAGGAAGCAAGAGAAGCCAUCAAGACCCUGAUAGCUUCCACAAAACCGCCCAGUGAACAGGUAUGUAACAGAUGCCAGUGUUUUUUUUUGUCGUGGAGAUAAGUUUGGCCAUGUAAGGUUGCCUGCGAUGUCGACUGCCGCUUUGGUGUCACUACUUCCUACUCCACAGACUUUACUCGGUUCCCAAGGCUAAGUGGGGAACACAGACUUUUAAAGCGGGGUACUUGAGGCGAGUGAGUUAGCGCGAGUGGGGGAUGAUGGAAACAAGCGCCGAGUGCGAGCGAGGAGUGAUGGCCCCCUUCCCGUCACUCUCUUCUCCCCGUGUUCCUCAAUAAUUAAUUCAUAUAUCCCCCAAAUAAGUGAUCGCGAGUGACUGGGGACGAGGCAGGUGUCACUAAUCCGUUGCCGCGCAGUUCGUUCCUUUCAAAUUAAAAAAAGAUCAAGACACACAUGAAAUUCGAUAUUCGUUUGUCUCCAAAUACAUCGCCAGUGCAGGAGUAAAGCCCAGCUUGUUCCCGAAUAAAGCAUGGUUUCCUACGGGAAAAUCAGCCUUAUCGUGUGGUCAUCUCAUCUUCGCUCGGAGGAGCUCUUUUGGCAUGAAAUGUCAUGAUUUGGAAAGCAGCUUCUUCACACUGAUGUUCUUCCAAAGGAGUACUGAGGAAAGGUAUUGGUAGAAAAAAGGACAAAAAAGGAGUGUGAGAGAUAAUUCAAACGAAAGCCAAAUACUAAUUCACCAGGCUCACUCACAACUUUUAGUAUCUGCUCUGAUGAAAGUGUGAAACUCAAAACGUCUUUAAGCCAGUUGACCCUCUUUUAACUCAACUGAUGUCAAAUAGAAGGGUACUAUAACACAGUACUGCAAAAUUGUUUUCAGGGGUUUGAAAAAAUGACAAAGUGUAAUUUGCACGGCUAAAUAAUUCCUAUUUUUUGUUUUUCUUUUGCGUUUCAACUUUUUUGUGACGCCAUUGCAAUUAGAUGUAUUUAAACUAACCAGAAGGGAAGGACACGCGAGAAAAGAAGUGAUUAGGAAAAUGUCUGCUUGAUUAUUUCAGGACAUGGUCCAGAACAUUCCUGGUCACAUGACAACUGUGACAGACCCAGAGAAACUGCUUCAAGAAAUGGAUGUGAAUCGGUUACGCGCUGUGGUGUAUAGGGACUUCGAGGAUAGCAAACAGUCGCAGUUUUUGGCCUUAACAGUCGUGUACUUCAUUGCUGUAAUGAUGGUGGCUAAGUACAGAGAUCUCCUUAAAUCUGAAGACUCUGAUGCCAGAGCAAGAUUUCAUACUAGUCCAGGUGCGUUUCUGAUAUACGAUAUGUCUCGUAGCGAAAUGAGCCUCGAAAAGUGGUGCUUCACCUGAGACACCGAGAAGUGAGUUGUUUAACGAGGUAGAGUAGAUACUUUAGAAGUGACUUCAAGGUUUGGGAUAACAGAUUAAACACUCUUUCGAGUUUAAGGGGAGCAGGAGUGGCGUAGCGUAGCCUGCGAACAUAGCCACUUGUACAAGUUUGAAAAUUUUGCCGGAAAACCCGUGCACCCGGUGCGGAAAAUGCUUUCCUCUCGCCGAGAAGCAGUGUGGCCAGGGGUUUCGAGUCCCGCCUGGACGUCAAAAAUCAAAUAGGUUUAGAUUAGCAAAGAAAAUCUUUAGUUUAAACUAAGUUGAACUCAAAAUUUUUCUACCUUCAAACUCUUUUCUUUAUCACUUUUUGCACACUAUCAUUAAUUGUUAUGUUUAUUUUGCUUUAUAUGCAGUAAUAAUUCUUUAUGUGUUGUAAUAGUUUGCCUUUUCUCUGUAAAUCUUGUACUUAUUAAUUUUUAUUCUCAUUGUAACUUAGCAGCACAUUGUAACUCUCUGACCUACGCCAUAUAAGCCUCUGGCUUUGGCAUUUUGUUAUCGUUAACUUGUGCUUUGUGUACUUAUUUAUCAAUAAAGAAAGUUGUAAGGUGCAGCACGCUUAUUGGACACUUCUUUGCCGUUGUUGCCGACUACGACUUCAGUCUUCCCGAGUUUCAUGUUUUAUGGAGGACGUGAACACAAGACCACAAUUUUUCUUCUUUUUUUCUGUCCUUCAAAAUCAACACCAGGAAAAUUCCCCAACAGUAAAGUAAACAAAUUGUAUGAAAUUAAAUAAAGAGUAAUAAAGAUUAAGUGACGUUUUCGCUCCCGUUGCCCGUCGUUUUUGCUUAAGUUCUAUAAUAACUACACAAUGGCAUUUCAUUUCAGGUCCUCCUGCGUCGGAAAGUGAAGUUCAAGAUGUGGAUAGCCGAUCACGAGCCGCCAGCUGGGGUGGUCAGCGG